AUGCAACAAAGUCCAACAUUCGACACAAAACAUCACUACGUUAUCAUGAGAGCAAUCCAGAUCAAGGAGUUUAACGCGCCCUAUACCGUCUCCGACGUCGACAAGCCCAAGCCAAAGCCCCAUCAGCUGCUCAUCCAGGUUAAGGCCGGCGGGUUUUGUCACACUGAUUGCAUGGCCCUUGAGAAUGCUUUUGGUUCAAAACUACCUUUCAUUGGGUCACAUGAGCCAGCUGGCGUUGUUGUUGAGGUCGGAUCUGCGGUCCAAGGAAUAUGUGCUUAUGUGAUGGCAGGGAACUGUCCCGAUUGCAAGGCUGAAAGGCCGAUUUACUGCGAUAAUCCAUCUAUGAAAGGCAUCACGACGGAUGGGGCAUGGGCUGAAUACAUGGCAGCCGACGCUCGAUUUACUGUGAAACUUCCAGACUCACUUGACUUUCCCACCGCAGCCUGCAUGAUGUGUGCUGGCAUCACUGUGUACGGAGGCAUCAAGAGAGCUCAAGUCUCAUUUGGCGGUUCCAUUGGUAUCGUGGGCAUUGGCGGACUUGGUCAUAUUGGAACUCAAGUUGCCAAAGCAAUGGGGUACCAAGUUGCUGCGAUUGAUGUCAAGCAAGAUGCCCUGGACCUCGUAUCAUCUUACGAUCUGAAACCCGACGUCUGCAUUCUAUCAACCGGUCCAGUUGAAACUUCCCUGGAGAAGAUCACCAACGUCAUACAAGGUGACUACCCUGGUCUCGACGCCACGGUGAUCGCAACCGAUGCUCCCGCCGCGUUUGAACUCGCGGCGAAACUGACACGGAAGCACGGAACUAUGGUUCUUCUUGGUCAACCUGAAAAGGGCAUUACCUUGUCUUAUCAGAACGUCAUCUUUCGUGAUAUCAAGCUAGUCGGUUCCCUUGUUGCGGACACUGAUGAAACUGAGGAGCUCUUGGAACUAGUCGUGAAGCAUGAUAUCCAGGUCAAGAUCAAGGAAUGGAAGCCUGAAGAUGCUGAGAAGAUGAGACAAGAAUAUUUGGCUGGUAGGAACAGCGGUAAGAAUGUUAUAGUAUUCUAG